CACAUCUUUUACAUGUCAAAAUCUAGCCUGUUCUGGAAAAUACCGUCUAAUGAAAGCAAGUGUCUCUUUUGGUGGGGGGGAUUUGCCAUCCGAAACCGAUCGCUUCUGUCUAAGUGGAAUAGGGAAUGAACGACGAGAUAAUACCGGACAGCUGCAAGAGAAACUCUGGGUGCUCCAGUAUUGAGCAAAUGCUGGCUGUGAAUCCCGGAAAGACGCCCAUAAGUCUGCUGCAGGAGUAUGGAACGCGGAUAGGCAAGACCCCAGUUUAUGACUUGCUGAAGGCCGAGGGACAGGCCCACCAGCCCAAUUUCACGUUCCGCGUCUCGGUCGGAGAGAUCAGCUGCACAGGCCAGGGGCCCAGCAAGAAGGCGGCCAAGCACAAGGCAGCUGAGGCUGCUCUGAAGAUGCUCAAGGGAGGCUUUGGGGGUCCCACUGGAAUUGGGGUUGUAGUAGAGGGGUUUAUUGGCGUCGAAGUGACCGUUGACGGAGAAAGUCCUCAACCAGAGAUGAAGUCCUCCAGCACCCCUCAGCAGUCUGAAUGUAACCCUGUUGGAGCUCUGCAGGAGCUGGUGGUGCAGAAAGGCUGGCGUUUGCCGGAGUACACUGUCACACAGGAGUCUGGUCCUGCACACCGCAAAGAGUUCACCAUGACCUGCAGAGUAGAGAGAUUCGUGGAAAUUGGAAGUGGCACAUCCAAGAAACUUGCAAAGAGAAAUGCAGCAGCUAAGAUGCUAGCCCGAAUCCAUGACGUCCCGGUUGACCUGAGGGCCAACAAUGAGGCUGAUGCGGAAGACGACACAUUCACGAUGCAUAUGGGGAGCAGGGUAGAGUCCGGCAAGUGCAAAGGCUUCGGCUGCACUUGGGACUCCCUGCGUAACUCAGCAGGGGAAAAAAUCCUGCAGCUCCGCAGCCAUCCUCUGGGCAUGCCUUCCGACUCCAACUUCUGUUCCCUGCUGAGUGACCUGUCUGAGGAGCAGCGCUUUGAUGUCAGCUACCUGGAUAUAGAGGAGCGCAGUCUGAGCGGCUUGUGCCAGUGCCUCGUCGAGCUGUCCACUCAGCCUAUCACAGUGUGCCAUGGCUUUGCCCAGAGCAUAGAUGCCGCCCGUGCCAGCGCCGCCCACAAUGCACUGCAAUACCUCAAAAUAAUGGCCGGAGGAAAGUGACGGUUUCCCUCUCACCCUCUUCCCUCUUGAGGGGAACUUGCCACCAUUACACUGCCAUAGGUUCCCACCCCACAGGACCCAAAGCGCUUUGCCCGGUCUUCUGCAAAACCACCCUCUCUCUUUUGUGAUUGGUUUGAAUUAUGUGAGAUGGGGAAAUCCAGACUUCCUCCCAUUCCCAAAUUAUUCUCUGGAGCCAUUCAAAGUUGGUCACACUUUUUUUUGGGGGGGUUUUUUUUUUUUUUGGGCCAAUGAAGAUAUAGUUGUUGGAGAUGAUGUACCCCUUUUGGCUUCACAUUAGUAAUCAUUUCCAAUGUAAUUUAGGUCUAAAUAGUUUUGCUUACCUACAUUACUGAAUUUUACGGAUGAUAUUUGGACCAUGUUCCCAAGGUUUUUAAGGGGAAAUACCAACCACCCGCAUUUUAGAUAUUGGGCUAUAUUUUACGGUGUAGGUACAGAAUUUGUAGCAAGUUCCCCAGACAAUUGCAUAAAUUAUUUUUGUCCAAAAGGUGAGAAGGAGAGGUCCUUUUUUGGGUUAACGUUGGAAUCCUUGGGCCAUUCGUCUGGUGUGCGUUUACAUGGAUGGAUGUCAGCUGUGAUAACCCGCCAUGUUGCUGAAGCACUCGGAGACUCACAAAAGAAAGAUGGCAGAAAGUGAUUUUAAACACAUCUCCUUUUAAUGGUUAAUCUUAUGUUUGCGGUUCUGAACAAAAGAAGGCCUUGGUUGCCUGCCGGUUUCAUUGUUGUCAACCCUAAAAACAGACUUUAUUUCUAAGUGAAUUGUUUCCUAAAGGUUUGAAUUUAGACUUUGCGAGUUUUUCCCACUUUUAAGAUACUUUUAAGGAUUAUUUACCUCAGAUGUAUAAAAUGACCCAUUUUUGAGAGACUGAUGUAAUGAAUGGGUCUUUAAAUGAGCAGGGCUCAUUAAAACCAGCUUCCUCAGCAAAAUGAAAUACUUAACUGUUUUUUGUUAUCUUGACUGCUGAAUUUAGAAAUAAUCUUGUUAGGAAAAUCAGUAGAUUGACGCAUGUAGGCUAAAUGCUAACAUGCCAUUUUAAAUGUUGAUCAUUGACUAACUGAUGAAAUUAUUAUCCAGUGUCCUUUUUAUUGGCCUGCAAAUAUUGUUCCCUGGGAUUUAAAUGAUAGAAAGAUUCCCUUGAUAAACUGACUGAAUUUGUCUCAAAGCAUUCUGGGAAUUAACAACCACGAUGUGUGGACCUCUUUAGAUCACAUUUUUUAAUUUGAUUAAAUGUUGGCAGGUAAGAAUAGACUGCACUCUUCCUAUUUGAGCUGGAAUUGAAAGUAAAUCAUAUAUGGUUAUAUAUAGUAGAGCUUACUGAUUGAAAUGUUUUCCUGAAAAUUCAGAGAUUUGCAAAGGUUACACAUUGAGUACAAGUGCAGCUCUAAUUUACAGCAAUAUUUGCAAACACUACAAAAACAAACUGUGUAUACCUUCAGAAAAACAUUUUCAACUUGUGUUCACGUGCCACAUUCUACUUGUAAUGGCGUAAAGUGUUUGAUUAGAUAAAUUUAAAAUUACUAGACAAAGUAAAAAUGACACCAUAAGUGGUACAUGUGAUUUUGAUUUGGAUGUUCUAACUGCUGAAAUGUUUCUCACAGGCAUUUGAGCACCUUCCAUUUAACUUUUAAGCUUAUAGUUUUGGAAGAACUGUCAGAAAAAUUGUGAAACCAUAUUGAAUUGUCAUGUCCAAAUUACCAAUUUCUUCACCGUGAGAAUGACUUACUACAUAGCAUUGCUAGUUGCAUUUUUGAGUCAUUUUUGGAAGGAUUUGGGACCUCACAGAGCACAUCUCAGCUAAAUAAAUGUUAGGUUGCAGUGCCAUUUUGUUUUUAGUACUAUCGUGUUAUGGUUAAAAUGACAUUCGUGAUGGGGCAUGUUAUCUUUUUGUAAUCAUUUUGGGCGUUGUAAGUAUGGUUGAAAAUGUGGCAGUUUUAUGAUAAGCUGAUGGGCUUGGUGCCCCGGUAGCUGAAUGGUUAUGGCGCAUGCCACAUAUCUGCAACAUCCCUGGUUUGAUUGCAGCCAGUGACCUUUUUUGCAUGUCGUACUCAUCUCUCUGCCCUUGUUUCCUGUCAACCAUUUCACUAUCAUUGAUCCAAUAAAGGCAAAAAACGCCGACAAAAUAAUCUUUUAAAAAAAAGGAAAGAAAGAAAAUAGUGUGGGCUUCGCGCUGCAUGAGCUGACCGCUACAUUUUGCACAGGGUAAGCGGACCAGGUUUGACUCUAUCUACCUCCUCUGGUGUAUGUUUUACAUAACCUUGACCUGAUUUUUUUUUUUUUUUUUUUUGGAGCCUCUCAAGAAAGAUAGGCAUCUUUGUUGGUUAACGGUUGGUGCUGUUACCAUGAGUGGGAAACCCAUAAUCUUUCAUCUCUACUUUGCAGUAGAAUUGAAAGUAAAUUAGACAUCGCCAACCUCCUCAACAGGGAUGGAAAAAAACAGACAUCUGUGUAAAAUGUCAACCAAUGUUACGAAGCAAAAAUUAGACUGAAGGAUGGCCCACCCUGUAAAAUUGAUGCUUACCAAUAAAGUUUUUUUUACAUUCAUGGAAACUUGAGAUGAAUUGUGUU